UCACUCAAUUCCUUCCGUCCGAGUAUUGUUGUGUUGUGUAGUGAAUGUGACGCGCAAGUUCAAGACAAAUAUCUUCUGUUGUUUUGAAUUUAAAAUUUGACAAUUAUUCAGCUGUACUAUCUGUUAUGUAUUUAAAGCCUGGCACCGUGUAUUCGCUGCAGAAUGUUGAGUGUAGACUCGUUGCCAGUUGCCGAAGAGGAGGUGGUGGAGUCCAGCUCAAACAGACUGGGGGACAUUUACACUUUUGUUGCCGAGGGCUGUUAUCCUCAAACCAUGAACCCUAUUCGCAAGAAAAAUCUCAAAAGAUAUGCUCAGAAAUUUAUGAUUGACGAUGGCCGGUUAUAUUAUGUGGGACCGAAGAAAGAAGAAAAGCGAGAAGUAGUGAUUGAGACAGAGCGAAAGAGACAGAUAUUCCUGGAGUGUCACUUCAAUGACAUUGGGCAUCACCUAGGACAGAAGAAGACUGUUCACAGGAUUCAGAGUAAAUACUACUGGCUUGGCAUUGUCAAGGAUGUUGUGGAUUGGAUUAAAGUGUGUGAAACUUGUCAACACACAGAGCGGAGUAAAAACCUAGCCAGAACGGUACGACCCAUAAAGGUGGAUGGUCCUUGGGACAUUUUGGCAAUUGAAAUAAUCGGUCCAUUCCCAGGAACUGUACAUGGAGGGAAUACACACAUUGUUAUUAUUACAGAUUACUACAGUAAAUGGGUUGAGGCCUUUCCUAUACAAAAGAAAGAUGGUCUCUGUAUUGCACGAUCCAUUUCAUCAUCUAUUUGCAGAUUUGGCCCUGCAAAGACAAUAUUUUGCUCUCAAAGUGCUGACUUCUGUGAGGAGGUUACAAAGCACCUGUUUGAGCGAUGGAGCAUAGCAUUAAGAGUGGUGCCCGUAGACCAGCCGCAGAGGAACGCACUGUAUGAUCGCAGCAGUAAUCUGCUGAGAGAUGCCAUAAAACAGAUGGUGGUGGAGAAACAGGUAGAAUGGGAUGAUUUUCUUGAUCCAGUUUUGGCCAUCUUCAGGACAUCAGUCAACCCUACGACAAAAUUUACCCCACACUUUUUAAUGUUCAACAGAAAAGCCAGCAUAUCUAGUGAGACAAAGUUUGAUGCUCUUAGUUGCUAUCAGGACCAGGAGGAGGAUACCCUUAAUGAAGAGGACACAAACUCUUUUCUUUCCUCCAUGCAGGAGCAACAGAAUAACAUCAAACAGCUGGUAGUUACAAAUAUGAAUGUCGCCUACAGACAAGAAAAGAAAAAUGCUAAACGCAAGGCUAGAAACAUGCCCUCCAUAACUCUCACUGUGACCAACCCAUUGUUCAGCACAGAGGAAUCCCCUUCGGCAAAAAAGCUUAAGGAAAGUCUCUUCUUGUCUUUUCCUGUGGAGACUGUCCUAACCACAAUACAGAAUGUAUCUGAAGCCAAGAAUAUCCUCUAACAGACACUGAUGUGCAUUGAAAAUCUUUUUUGAUGGGACUGAUCACUAUCCUAUGGAAGCUUGUUUCCGCCAUAAACUAAUAAUAAAAUUAGUUUAUAUACGCUAUGCUAUAAAAAAAAUAAAAU